CCACAACCCACGGGCUUCCGGCUUCCGGGCACUGGAACACUGGCAGUACUAGUACGUCGAAGUACUUUGUACCCCAAUGGGUCCUUGUUUGUCCUCCUCACCCCGUUCUCAGAACACAAAUGGAAACAACCAAGAUGACCUUCAGGAUUACGUGGAGGCUAUCCGAAGGACCCAGUAUCUGGACUGGAGGCAGCAUAUUCAAGAUGAGGAUGAGCGUCAAGCCAUUCUACAAGUCCAACGAAACCCUCCCGUGCCAAUAUUGGACGAUUUGUUUCUAUCCGGUGCGACAAGCUUAUUGAACCAACAGAGACUAAAGUCGUUGGGUAUCACCCACAUCCUGAACGUUGCAGGACGGCAAGCAACAAAUUUGGAAGGCAACCAGAGCAAUGACUUCAUAUACAAAACAAUCGGCGCGGCAGAUCGGAAGGAUUAUGCAAUGCUGGAGCUUCACCUAGAAGAAUGUCGGUCGUUCAUUGACAGCUGCCGCGAAAUGGGUGGGAAAUGCCUGGUUCAUUGCCAAGCGGGGGCCAACCGAUCUGGAGUUGUCGUUGCUGCGGAAAUGAUGCUGAGAACACAAAAGCCAGUUCUCGAAGUGGUCUAUCACUGUCGGAAACAAAGAGGUACGACGUUUCUUUGCAAUGAAACCUUCAUCAUUGAGUUGGUAAAGCUGGCAAAAACUCACAGCUUGUUGGGCCCAAAACCCGGCGAACAUGGGUGCAUUGUAGCGACCAAAGUUUCAAGAUGAUACAAGUCAAUAUAAAUGGGCGAGUAAUAUUAGCUCCAAAUCGAGUCUGCAGUUGGUUGCUACCGGAGGUACCAGGUAUGCCAUAUGUAAUGCCGAAUACUUUCAUAGUUACCAGCCUCCUCUUUGACCUGACAGCACUAGCAGGUGAUUCGGAGGCAAGAGACACCAGGUGUAGAAAGAGACCAGUUGGAGCAGGGAAAAGUGCUGAGGAAGCAAAUAAAUGUGCACGCGGGGAGAGUGGGAGGUGGAGAGAAAUCUGUGGAAAUGGACCAAGGGCGGCCAGCAAAGGGAUCCACAAUGAAGAAUUGUAGUAUGAUCCCAUCUUGGAGGACAGCAGCACAGUACCCCUCAUUGUCGGCAAGUGGUGGUUUGGAGAGGUGAGCCUUUUAAAUGCACUUUUCUUGGAAGGUACCGGUACCGGUAGACUUGUGGUAGUACUACGUAUUAUUCAGAAUGCAGAGCAAGCUGUGACCAUCCUGGUGAGGGCCAAGCAUGGGGCCGGGUGGCUGUGGGGGAGCUGGCGGAGGUUUGCAGGCACCAAUUAGAUUCUAGUAGACUGUUGCUUGGGAAAACAGUUGUACUCCCAGCUCUACCGAGUGCCCACGAGCGAGAACCGGAAAAAUGCUAGCAGCCGUGUACCGGUAGCUCCGGGUACAUGUAUUGGGCCUACCUUUCGUCUGCUGAGGGGUGGGCUAAGCAAGUCUAGCUACUACCUCGUAGUAAUGAGAAAACAGCAAAGGAAUGAAUCGAAUACCAUGGUUGGCCUGGACAUAGCAGCUUAUGAGAAAGCCAUCGAACAUCAAGUUUCUGAACCGGCGUUCACCGAAAGAGCAAUUUGUUUGUUUAACGCCUCU